UAAUUUAUUUUAAUUUGUAGCAGAGAUCUGAGUAUAAAUUUCAUCCACAAAUUCCAAUUCCUCCCACAACCAAACAUGUCGUCCACAGUUCUCAAAAUGCCAACAACACAAUCGAUGAUCAAUCCUCCAAUGAUUCUGAGGAACCAUAAGACAUCUGCACCUCACACCGUAAAAUCCAGUCACCGGCGGCGACCGGAAGCUGCCGGUUUCCGGCGGUCCGAUUUUAGGGUUUCGGCAGCCUGCAGAUUCCCUUUGUCUGCAGUAGCCAUGGAUUCAUCUACAGAGGUUUCUGAUUCUAAGGAGGAGGAGGAAAAGAGAAUUAAUAAUAAUAAUAAUGUCCUAUUGCCGGAGCUGAUGCCGGAGCACGUGGCGAUAAUCAUGGACGGGCACGGGAGAUGGGCGAAGGCGAGAGGGCUGCCGAGGGAGAAAGGGCACUUUGCCGGCCAUGCCAACCUUAAGCAUAUCCUACUCAGUGCACAGUACAAAUUUGGGAUUAAAGUUCUUACUGUUUAUGCUUUCUCUACUGAGAAUUGGAAGAGGUCUGAGGAGGAGAUCAAGUUCUUGAUGGGAGGGUACGAGGGUUUGAUUCGAUCAUACGUCAUGGAAUUUAUACAACGAAACGGGUUGCGAUUCUCGGCCAUCGGCGACAAAUCGAGGCUUCCGGAGUCGAUGCAAUCCGCGAUAAGGGAGGCGGAGGAGUCGAGCAAAAACAACAAAGGGCUACAUUUUGUAAUGGCACUUAACUACAGCGGCCGGCUCGACAUAACCCAAGCGAUGAAAAAAAUUGCCAGGAAAGUGGAAAAAGGGAGCCUUGCAGCCGAAGAUGUUAGCGAUGAGUUGCUGCAGCAGCACCUGAUGACGAGCUCCAUCGACAUUCCCGACCCGGAUUUGCUCAUUAGGACAAGCGGAGAGAGGAGACUCAGCAACUUCUUGCUCUGGCAAUUGGCCUAUGCCGAAUUCUAUGUUAUUGACAAAAUGUUCCCCGACUUGGACGAGGUCGACCUUGCCGAGGCUCUUGUUUAUUUCCAAGGCCGACAGAGACGAUUUGGUGGGCGUAGCAAAGAAGAUCAAGAAAAUCAUCAUAAAGAUGAUAAAAUUUGAUGUAGAGAUCAUUUCGAUUGUUGUUAUUGUUUUUUUUUUUUUUUUCUUCAUAUGUUUAGCAAUAAAGUUUUCUUUGUUGGUUUU